GAAGAAAGGAAAAAUGGAAGUGGAAGAGGAGGAGGAGCCAAGCCACAAUAUUUAGUCUUGUAUAAUUUCAUGGUAUGAUGGACGCAGCUGAGGUGGGCCUCCGCUGUGGCCAGGCAGUUCAGCCUUGCCGUCAACCCUCCAGGUGAUGAGUGAGUUGCCGGUUGAGCUGGAGUGUCCUGGUAUUGGGGGCUCGUCUGGUAUUGUAGACAACCAUCUGUGUAACCUUUUCGUGAAGAGGUCCGGUGUGACCCCUGGCAGGUUCGUGAUGGUGUCCGGCACAGCGUUGAAGAGGUCCGCAGAAAACAACACGCCGAUUUAUUUGAAGUCAAGGACGGAGAUUAAAACGGCCUUGAAAAACACCACACCUGUUUUGUCCACCGCCAUCACCACCUUUUCCCAGAUCAAGGAAGUGUAUUACAGACUCACACAUAAGGAAGAGGUGUGAGUACCUGUAUCACAGGUCACACCGUGGGACUGACACCGCUGGAGCAACCCUUCGGAAUAAAGUCUAGUACAAAUUACGGUUUGCUAGGCAUUAGGUGUUAGGCAUAAGGCGAUAGGCAGCAUGGCUAACCAUUCUCUUCCAGGUACAUGUUAAUUAUCUAGUCUUCUCCAGUAAUGCCCUGGUUAGCGCACCGUGGCGGCAAUCCUAGAGCCUCAGUUUUAUUUAUUUUUUGGGUGUGUGGUUUGAUAUGGU